AUGGCAGUAGUGAGCCUUUUAAUCGAAAAGGGAGCGAGCAUUGAGUCUAAGGAUCAGAAUGUGGAGCCAAACGGCGGGGGCGACGAGGCCUGCCAUGUUAUUGAACUUGGAGAGUUCGCUAAAGAACACGGUUCGUCCCUAGUGGAUGUUUCGCAUACAAUCGAUGAAAGGCAGGAGACGCUAGUCGACAACGAACUCUCUUCUUCCACCAAGGUCACUUAUCCAGAGGGUGGUCGUGAUGCCUGGUUGGUGGUGCUGGGUGCGUGGUGUGGUUUAAUCGCAUCGUUAGGGAUCUACAACACAGCCGGUGUGUUCGAGGUCGUUGUCUCCAAAGUACUCUUGCCGGAAUACUCACAAUCGACCAUUGGCUGGAUAUUCUCCGUCUACGCCUUCGUGAACUGGGUUUGCGGGGUGCAAGUUGGACCGACUUUUGAUGCAAUGGGCCCGCGUGCUUUAAUCAUUGCAGGGACGGUUUGCACACUCAUUGGCAUUUUCGCACUCAGCGUUUGCACAGAAUACUAUCAGAUCUUUCUGUCAUUCUCCAUUCUGACGGGUAUCGGUUCAUCCCUUCUACUCACCCCAUCAAUGGGCUGCGUCGCUCAUUGGUUCAUGGAGCGUCGCGGUCUCGCCAGUGGUGUAGCAUUUAUUGGGGGCAGUUUCGGUGGCGUUAUCUUUCCCCUCAUGAUCCAAUCCCUCCUCUCUCAAGUGGGCUGGGGCUGGUCAAUCCGUAUUCUCGCAUUUAUAUUGCUCGUACUUUGCACUAUCAGCGUAACAUUCUGCCGAAGCAGAGUUCCGCCGCGCAGAGGAACAAAACCAACGUGGCGGGAUACAUUGCCAGACCAUCGUAUCUUCCUGGAUGGCACAGGAGUCAUGGCAGUCACGACUGCGGGACUCGUCUUAACAGACUUAGCAUACUUCAUACCUAUCACAUACACGCCAAGCUACUACAUCGAUCGACAAAAUCUAUCUCAAGAAAAAGCCUUGACGGGAUCAGCAGCAUUUGCAUAUCAGCUUCUGGCGAUUCUCAAUGCUGCUUCGUGUGUUGGACGUUACGUGGCGGGUGACUUGGCCGAUCGAUUCGGCCGGUACAAUACCAUGAUUGUCUCGUUGUUCCUCUGCACAGUAUCCGUUCUCUGUUUCUGGUUACCGGACAUCGUCAUAUCAGAUCUAGAUAACCCGGCACUCCUAAUAGUCUUUAUAAUACUAUUUGGGUUCUGUAGUGGUUCGAACACUAGUCUGACACCGAUCUGUCUGGGCCAGCUUUGCGAAACUCAUGACUAUGGGCGAUACUAUGCGAGCUGCUUCACGGUAGUCUCUUUUGGGGUGUUGGCCAGUAUCCCUAUCGCGGGAAGCCUUCUUAAUGCGGUGGACGCUACUGGGAAAGCAAAGUACUGGGGAACUGCGCUUUUCGUAGGACUCAGUUAUGUGGCCUCUUUGCUAUGUUUUCUCUGGGUCAGGAUUAAAGUGAAGGGGUGGGAUUGGAGGAUUAAGUGGUAG